AACGUAAAGUUGAAAAUUGUUUAAAAAAACCCCAUAGGAAGAAAGAUUUUGAAAAAGAGGAUUUAGUGAAAUUUCAAGAUGAGAGAUUUGCAUUCGCUGGCUGAUUGCUGGAUUCAAAUGCUCAUGAUCAAGAAGAAGAUCAAGCGAAAGAGCAUCAAGCUGAACAUAUACAAGUUGCAGGGUAGAAAACGUCUGAAAGCUAUGCGCAAGUUGAAGGAUGAGUUGCUUAAAGGCCUCAGGACUCUGAUCGACAUGAAGCUGAAGAGGAUUCGUUGGUCUAAGAGAGGGGGUGGACGAAUGAUGCGCUUGUACAGGAUUUGGUUGCGUCAAUGGCAGAAAUACCUGAAAAAUCAGCAGGUUAAAUUAAAGGAAAUGGAUCAAGAGGAACUUGAAUUGGAUCGUCAGUUGCGUCAAUUGCGCAAGCAAUUGAAUAAAUUGCCCAAUCGUCGUCAUGUGCUGAUUAAAUACCUAAAGGAUUUCAACAAAGCCCUGGAAAGUAAUAAGGGCGAUAAGAAACCUUAUUCCCAAAAAGAAAAUGAUGUAAUGAAAAUUGAACUUAAGAAUAUUAUUGCAUUUUUGUUAAGCCGAAACAAGAAAUUUAUGCGGUCACGUCUCAUUGCCGACAGACACGAUAUCAAUUUCUCCACAUUCUGGAAGCUGGCAGUCGAGAAAAAUAAAUUGAAUAAAAUUCAUAAACGGAAAAUAAGUGAGCUGUCCAUUGGCAGCAUAGGGAAUAUAAGCCAAGGGUCCAGAAAGAAAACAUUAUCUCAACCAAGUUCUAAAAUUGAAGUUCCAUCGAUGCAAAAACUUGACAGUACGAAAGACAAGAAAAAUAAAUCAAAUAAAAAACACAGAAAGAAAGCCUCAGCGUAUUCAAGUUCUAAUAUAAUAGUUCCAUCGAUUCAAGAACUGUACCGUAGAAAAGCCAAGCAGCAUAGAUCUAAUAAAAUGUACAAACCAAGGAAGAGUGUGGUGUCCAUUGGCAGCAUAGGAAGUAUAGGGAAUGUGCCCAAAAUCCAACCAAGUUCGAAGUCAGAAGUUCCAUCUAUACGACAACUCUACCGUAUGAAAACGGAACUUUCCACACUGGCCCACAACGAUGCAGAUAAAUUUAAAAAAGUGCUACAUAAACUAAAAGUGAAAGAUUCAAAACUCAAACAAUCCAUACCCGAAUCGCGUAUUGCUUUAGAGGAUAUAUUGGACUUGCCAAUAAAUCUAAGAAAAACGGGUCUUGCCAAUAAAAAGCGGGCCGAGAAACUCUUCAAUGCCAAGUCGACGGUCAACAGACUUAAGCAAGAUAUGAAUGCACAUCCAUUAUCAAAGAUAGCUCCAAAUAGAAGGCGAAUGCUGCAGAAAAAAAUGGCGGCCGCAAAAGAGCGACAACUUCGAAAGCUAAAAGAGUUCGAGAAAGAUGUCGAAACAGUUGCUGGUGACAGUGUCGUGAAAGUUGUUCAAAGUAAACCAACCACACGUCACCGUCAAUCAACCAUAAAAAAUGUGAAUAUCGUUGACACUAAACCAACAACUCAUUACCAAAAACCAUUCUCGAAAAAUGGAAAUGUUGCUCAAAACAAAGCAACAAGUCAUCACCGCCAAUCCAUUAGAAGAAUACAAGAUAAUGAGAAUGCUACUGAUACCACGACAAUUGUUAAGCCUGGUGAAAGCAUAGAGGAUUUUAAGCCACUUAAACAAGCUGCUUCAGAUAUCGAUGAUCUUAUGAAGAACAAAUCUGUUUCGGCUGGCAUUCAUACAUACAGGGACCAAAAGAGUCCACAAUGGAAGCUAUUUCAACGGGUUUUGGCUUCCAAGAAGAAGAGACGCAUGGGCUCAGACUUAUUGACGAUAUUGGAGAAAAACGAUCAACCCAAAUUACGUCCUGUUCAGACGUUGCUCGAGGAUGUCAUCAAAGGUCCGACUAUGCUGGACAUUCUGGCGGACAAAGAUGAGAUUCUCAAGGUGGUGGGUAAGCAUUAUAUGUGGAAGAAUUUGGCGACUGUAUACCAAGAUCUGACCAGUGUUGGAGUUGGAAAACUAGAAAUCUAUAAAGUGCUUAGGGAGCAAUAUCUCAGAUAUAUUGAUGAUAUUGUGGGCGAAUCCAUUAACAAUGGCGCAAGAGUUGUGAGUCGUAGUGAAAUGUCGUCAAUCUCGCAAUCGCUCGGCGAUAGCUCCGAUUCGUUUGAAGAGUAUAUAACUAAAUCAAAACCAAGACAGGAUGUGCCCGUAAGGAAAAGCCUCUUCGAGCUGAGAGAAAGUUCAUCGCGGGCCAGUUCCAUAGUGCAUCGGGAUGAUGUGAACAAAGGCACAAAGAAAGUCUCUCCAUUGGAGAUGAUGGGUUAUAAGGAACGCCAUCUCAUCGAUCGACGUUAUUCGGCCACCAACCUGAGGAACAUUCAGGAUGCCCAUGAAAGAUACUUCAGCAGCCUGGACAGACCGCCAGUCGAUUCUAGAACGUUGGCGCGCAAGCGCCAGGAAGCUGCCAUCGCCAGGGAUUUGCGUAGGACACGCAAGGCGAAUUUAGGGCGAAAGGAAAGAUUAAAAAAGCAGCGACAACAACAGCGUAGAGUCGGCAGCUGCAGAUUGUACUAUGAGCCAAGCAAAACUUGCCGCGAGCGCAGCCUCGAAGAUGAUGAUAAAGAGCUGGAGGAUUGCGGCUGUAAGCCGGAAUGUGUACUGCCGAAAUGCUCACGUUGCGGCGUCGAGUUGCCACCGCUGAGUCUCAGCCCAAAGUCCAGCAGCAGCAGCAGCAGCCUCUCCUUGUGCUCCAUGGCGGCAUGUGGCAUGAACCAGCAGCUGCUAGAAUUCACCGCAGACAUCUGUGACCACUGUGGUUUCAUACAUGACCAGCAAUCUGCCUGCAACAUGGUCAUAGAGCCCACCACCUCAAAGACGCUGCAACAACUGCGCAUAAUUAAAAAGAUCUCGCAAUGUCCUGAUGUCUUAAGUCAGCAAUCCUCAUUAAGAUUUGCUGCAAGUCUGCAAAGGAUUUGUUCCUGUGCAGAUGUGUAGUUGUAGUUGUAUUUAUUUUCUUUUACAACUGCUUCAUCGGCAGCAGUGGCAGCAGCAGCUUUGCCUCUUGCCUCCAAAAAGUGCUUCUACAUAUAUUAGCAUCAAAUCAGACGGCAAGGCUGCAACUGCUGCCGCUGCCGCUGCUGCUGGCAAAUGAAACAUUUUGUUUAAGUGCAAAAUAAAUUCAAGUAAUGAGUUUGCAGCGUUUAUGGUUGCAAAUACGACAGGCUGCAGACGUUGCACAUACGCAGCGUGGGCUGCUGGGCGUUAAA